UCCUAUCUAAAUGAAUUGUUGACAAACGCCCUCUCUGCAGAUGCUCUUUCAUUGAGGGGAAGAGGGAGAGAGAGAGAUUCCUUGACGGCAGCGGGUGCUGGAAGUGGGGCUUCGUGAGCGGUGGACGUGUAGGUCGAUCGAUGGUGUGGGGGUGGGGGGAGAGAGUAUUCAGCAGUGCUGGUGCAUCUAUUGGAGAGGGAUUCGCCGGCGUUGGAAGGGGCGUCUGGUUCUGGCAGAUAGGAGGAAUCGGCAGCGACAAUCGGCGGCAUGUCGGCGCGGCGAUAGGUGUGACGGCCAUGCUGGGACUUGCCCUAGCGGCCACCAUCGUCCUGUCAUCUCAUAGCGGCAGCCUUAAAUCACCUUGGUCUAGAAGGAAAAGAAAGCAUGUACUUACUCCACAACAAUGGAAAAAGUUUUUUACCCCAGAAGGAAAACUUUGUGAUGGAGGGGCUAAACUUCUAAAAAAAGUUAGGAGUGGGGGAGUGGACCCAAGCAUUAGGUCUGAAGUUUGGCCUUUUCUUCUUGGAGUUUUUGAGCUGAACAGUUUGGAAGAUGAAAGAAAUGCAAUGAGAAAGCAAAAAAGGAAGGAAUACAAGAAACUAAGGAAAAAAUGUCAAUAUUUGUUAAAACUUGUUUAUGAGGCUGACAAAAUGUUGGAAGACAUAGAUGAAGUCGACCAUAGGGAUAGUCCUAGCUUCUGCGAAUGCCAUGUAUCUUCCCAACCUGAAGAUGUAGAAUGUGCGGGGUACUCAUUUUCCCAUCAGCAUCCCAGCCCAGAUAACGGUAACGUAGAGCACACUCUCAAUGAUGAAGCCUCUACUUUCAGAAAUGGGAGCAGCACAAUACUUAUGAAAAACUCCUUAGGAGCUAUAGAGAAUUCUCAAGCUGCUGCUGCCUCUGAUGAUAAAAGUGAUCUCACUUGUGCUGAUGCAAUCGAAGAGAGAGGUACAACUUCAAUAACCCACGCGCAAGAAAGUAUGGAAGCCAUAUCCCCAUAUUCUAAAACAAGUUCUCUAAAAUCUAAUGCUUCUAAAUCAACACAAACAGUAGAGGACUUCACAACAUGGCAGCGCAUUAUCCGUUUAGAUGCAGUGCGAGCCAAUGCAGAGUGGGUCAUCCAUUCGCCAGCACAAGCCGCUGUCACGGAGGAGAAGGCUCUCGAACUUGCUGAGUUCGUCGGUCUGAAGGACUAUGAUCAUCUCGAGCCUUGCAUGAUCUAUCACGCCGCUCGUCUCGUUGCAGUUCUUGAAGCAUAUGCAAUAUACGACCCAGUCAUCGGAUACUGCCAAGGGAUGAGCGAUCUCUUGUCACCCAUAAUCGCCAUAAUGGAGGAAGACGACGAAGCCUUUUGGUGUUUUGUGGGAUUUAUGAUGAAAGCACGGCAUAACUUUAGGCUUGAUGAGGUUGGGAUUCGCAGGCAGCUUAGCAUUGUCUCUAAGAUCAUCAAGUUUAAGGAUCCCCACCUUUACAAACACUUGGAGAAGCUUCAAGCUGAGGACUGUUUCUUUGUUUAUAGAAUGGUGGUGGUUCUUUUCCGGCGAGAGCUCGACUUUGAGCAGACACUGUGCUUGUGGGAGGUGAUGUGGGCAGAUCAGGCGGCGAUUCGGUCUGGGUUUGGGAAAUCCGCAUGGGCGAGGAUAAGGUCGCAUGCGCCUCCGACUGAUGACUUGCUUCUCUAUGCAAUCGCGGCUUGUGUGCUUCAAAGGAGAAAGCUGAUAAUUGAAAGGUACAGCAGCAUGGAAGAAAUCUUAAGAGAGUGCAACAAUAUGGCAGGUAACUUGGAUGUCUGGAAGCUGCUUGAUGAUGCUCAUGAUCUGGUUGUGACCCUCCAUGAGAAGAUUUCAUGAUCUGAUUUUUUCUUCUUGGCCCCUCACCCCUAUUAGCUCUAGCCUUUGGUGUCUAUUUUAUGGGGCACCAAGACAGCCGCUCUCGCUUGAAAAGAUGAUACAUUCGUAAUCACAUGAGGAUCCAGCUCUAUUUUAUUGCCGAAAUUUGAAUUUAUGUUGUAUAUUAGUAGUCAUCCUUACUCCUGAUGUGAUAAUCAAAAUUCCUUCAGGAUUAUGAUUAUACAAACAUGAAAGUCAUAAAAAUAUGGGAUUUGGGUGAUAUCUGAGUUCAUUAAGAAUGGACCAAAAGCUCAUUGAGCUGUCUUGUAUAAAUAAAAGAUCGAAUUUUCUCAUGGUUUUUGUAUCUUUAUGGCACAUUUUUUAGCAGUUUAAUAUUCCAUUCA